AUGGACCAGCGCUCUCGUGGCGGCCGUCCCCAUCGUCGCAAAACUCUUCCCACCUCAGGCGUCCAGUCUGAUACCAGCGCCAGCGCCGGCGCCGAGUCGACCUCGACCUCGACCAUCAUGACGCGCUCACCCCCCGUUGCCGCGUCCCGCACUCCCCAGACGGCGCCUCAACAACGCCGCACCGCCAAACCCAUUCCCAUGAGCACCCCUUUUAGCCUCCGUUCCUCGCCCUCUACCGGCGGCCUCUCCGGACCCGGCGGCAAGACGGCUCUUAGAAAGAGGUCUCGCACUGGAUUCGAUGGCGCCGCCGAUGAAGAGGACGAGACCUAUCGCAAGGGCCCGCACACUUUGAGGAAGCGUGCCAAAAUUGACUACUCGGCCGCCGACUUUGAGGAUGAGCUGCCAGAGAUUGCCAUCCCCGCCCCGCGUACCGCCACCCGCAAGAGACGUGCAGACAGCGAGGUCGCCGACGACGAGUACUCCACGCCCACGGCCCAGAAGCGGCGUGCCACCUCGCGAGACUUUUCCGUCGCCAGCGCUACCGCCGCCGCCCGCCGGAGAACCCCUGCCCGCAGGAGCGUCGUCGAACAGCAGCAGCAGCAGCAGUCUUUUUACUCUCAGCCAUCCGACGAGGACGUCGUCAAGGACACUAUCGAGGUCGUUGGCGACUCUUCGGACCUGGUGAGCUCCGAUGAUGCCUCGGACCAUGAAGAAGACGUGAAAGACCAGCCGGGUCGUAUUCCUCAUAACAAAACACACCCGCAGCAGUCCUCUUCGCCCACCCAGCACCGCAAGGCCCAGGACGUCCAUCAGCCCGUCUCCCCUACUGACCAGAGAGUCAUCAAGCAGGACGAUGGACGGUCGAGCCAGGCCCGGGACGUUGUUGUCGCUUCCGACACGAACUCCGGUCCCAUCAUUGUACAUCCUCGGCCUAUCCGCAUCACCCAGGCUACCAUUAUAAGUAGUGCUGGUACGCGCCCAGAUCCCGAGCCAGUGCCAGCGCCAGCGCAGCGCAAUCAGUUCUCGGAAGAUUUUUCAUUUAAACCAAAGAGAGAGGUCAGCUCUCCCGUGCGUCCUACCGACUCCAUUCCGCAGAGAACGGCGCUGCCGGAAGCUGCUGAGGAAUCGUCGUCGUCUACUGGGCCUGCUGUGCUUCUCGGCUCACAGGAAAACUCCGCUCCGGCUGUCGCUGAGAACCACGUUGCCGCCGCAGCUGCAGCUGCCCCCGCCACCAGCGACCACCUCGCUGCUGCACACCCUGCUGAAGAGACGCUGUUACAACCCGUCCGUCAACAAGAUGCUCAUCAUGAGGCACUUACCAACGGCCACGUUGAAGCCAUCGAGUAUGACCUGCCACCUCAUUCCCAACCACCACAAAGCGCUCAGCCGCCUGCUGCGACGCACGGUGCCGAAAGUCGCGGUGUCGACGUCACCGAGUCAUUCACCUCCGAACAUGGAGAAUCAUCUAGACUCAAAGACGAGAUGGACGUUGACGCCGCGGAGGAGCUUGAUGCGGAAAUGCAGGAUGAUGCGUCCAUCGUCCAACAGCCUAAGGCGGCCUCCCCGCAACCCACAUCCGUCCCAAAGGCGGCCAAGAAACGAUAUGCAUGGUCCCACCUCACUCCCUACAUCGACGGCGAAUAUGUCACCCAUUCUAUCUACCCCGUCACGGUAGAAGCCUCGGCGCCGACCUCGAACGCCGACGCUGCUGAGACUGCCGGUGACGCCGACAAUGCCGAGCAGGCCGACCCCAAUGCCGACUACAAACAUGUCGAAGUUGAUGCGGAAGACGAUGGCAAUGCCGACGCCGAAGGUGAAGUAGACGAUGUCGACGCCGACGCCGAGAACGACGAGGAUCUCGCCAACGACAGCCAGGGCCAGCAACUGUCCCAGGGCUCGGCCUACAACUCUGCGGCCCCUACUCCUGCUCUUACGCCCCGUCAAGGCUCGCCGGUGCUGCCCGCUGCCGUCACCGGUACGACCACGCCGGCCCCGCUCAUGCCCAAGCAGCUCUUCCGCAAGCAGUACAAAUUCAAGAAGAUCAGAGACCCCUCCGAGUUCGCCGCUUUCCUGAAAGACACCAAGGAUCUUUCUGACGAUGAGCUCUGGUACAUCUUGGAGAGGGCCAACGAAUGCCUUGUCGCUUACCAGGAGGAGUACAAGAAGUGCACCAGGGUCGUCGAUGAUCAGGAGAAUGCCCAACGUCGUGCAGUCCAAGAUGCCGCCUUUGAAAAGAAGACUGCCGACCUCAACGCCUUCGCCAAGGUAGACUCGUAUAUCGAAAAGGACUUUGAAGUGCAGGGCUCCCGAGCAACGAUCAAAGAGAAAGACGCCGGAAUCCUCGAGCAACGCUGGCAGGACAGAGUCAUGGCCAAUGCCUAUGGCUUCGAGUACGACCCUCACCCGAACAAAAUCGGCAACCAAGACCCCGGCGCGCAGCGAGAGGGCGGCGGAGAGGGAGGUCGACAGCUCCGAAGCCAGCCGCAGGCGAGUGCCAAGGCCGCCGAGGGCGAUGGGGUCAUUGUCUCGGGCAAGAGAACGCGCAACCCCCCCAAGUUGUUCGACGGUGUGUUACAGGAUGACCAUCGUGCAGCAACUCCCGGGAGUAACAAGCCUGUUCUCAAGAAGAGAGGCAGAGCCGCCGCGGCCGACAGGGCGGCUGCCUCGCAAGAGCAAGAACCGGAGCCAGAGGCAGAGCCUCAAUCAACCUCGCCGGCCAAGCCUGGGCCACGGAAGAGAGGGCCGAGGGGCAGGAAGGCCGUCGUGGUGGUCUCCGAGCCCGGAUCGCCUGUGCCCGAGGAAGAGGCCAGUGCUACGCCCCCCGAACCAGAGCAGACGCAACCUCCCAAGCGCAAGCGUGGCCGCCAGCCAAAGUCGGCGGCCGUCGUAGUCGAAGAGCCCGAGCCAGAGUUCGAACCCGAGCCGGAGUCAGAGGAGCAGAAGAAGCCGACCCCGAAGCGCGGUCGCGCAGCCAAGAGACGAAGCAACGGCCACGUCGCAACUGCUACGGAAACGACGGACGAGUCUCGCCCCACCUCGUCUUCUUCCAACGCCACCAUCUCAGACGACGGCUCUACCUAUGGGCUGCGUCAGAACAAGCGGCAGCGGAACUGGAAAGAAGAGGCGGACACCGUCGAAGAGGAGCCCGAGGCACCACCCCCGCCGAAGAAGGCGCGCAUCAUCCGGAUCCACCGGAAACAGAGCGCGCCGGAGCUGGCGCCCAAGAAGACGGCGUCGGAGAGGAUUCUCAACGAGCUCCACGACUUCUCGGCCUCGUCUACCACGCCAGGCUCUCCCCGUUUGACGGUGUCCUUCAAGCUUAUAGGAAAGGACCAAUGGACCCUCAAGCCCGCGGCAUCACCGCGCCAGACAUCAACCGACGUGAGCGAGUACAACCUUUCGACGCCUCGACCGGCACCGGUCUCGGCACCCGUGUCAGCAAAGUCCUCUGCUCCACCUAGUCAGGCUGGAGAAGAGAAGGACUACUCCACCAUGACCAAGUCGGAGAAGAUGUCGGCCUCGAUGAAGAAACGAUGGCUCAACGGCAGCAUGCAGGGUGCCGUCAACAAGAGAAAGGCCACUCUUGCCGCGAAGAAGCAGGCUGCCGCCCUCGCAGAGGCGCAAGCGGCACAAGCAGCCCAGCAAAAGGCGAUGUCGUUCCAGCAGAUCGGACCGUUCCCUGCGGGUCCGGCCCAGUAA